CUUCAUCUACAACUUGGACUGAACGACUAUAGUAUUCUGUUUGGAUUCACUGGCAGUUGCUGUUCAUCUAUUCUAGGUCAUGAUGGGCUACAGUUUCGCCCAUGAAACGGCGUUGAGUUCGCCGACUACGCCAUCCAUGCAAGCAAUGCAGCAGUGCUUCAAGCGACAGUCAGGCUCUAAGAGCGUACUGUAGCUUCAUUUCGCACCCACCAACGUCUUCAAUUCCUCCCUCAGCUCAUCCAAAGGCUUCUGAUACCCAUAUCCAGGCUCAAUCAGUCGCUCAAAGUCGGCAUUGUAUCUAUUGUUCUCCUCGAAAAUGCCGUAUGUUCCCAGCAUAUUGUACGCCGGGGUGAGCAAUCUGACCUCGACACCCUUCUUCGUGUCCUCGUCCCACAGUCUCUUUGCCUCGGCGAAAAAGGCAUCAAGAUCGACCUUGACAAUAUUCCAGCCGGGCUUUGCCUCCUCCAACAUCGGAAUCAGCUGGUUCAUACUGACCGUGUGGUCCGCGACAUAGACGGGCCGGUUUUUGAACUUCGCAGGAUCGGCGAGGACAUCACAGACGGCUUUGGCGGCGGUGCCGACGCGACACAUACUGUUGCGCUGGUUGCCACUGCCAUAGACGGUGAUGGUGUUUGUCUGCGGAUUGAUCCAGUAGUAUCCGAGUGGUAUUGCUGCCGAUCCAAAGACUUAGGUUAGCGACACCCUAGUCUUGACGACAUUGGUAGGCAACCACUUCGAUCAACACCUCUUUUACAUUAAACUAUCAUGAAGGAACUGAACAUACCCCAAUCAUACCAACCACCCGUGAUGAUAGCACUCCAAGUCAAAUCGGUCCCCUUGAUUUUCUCCUCCAGUUGUUUCUGGGCCUCGACUUUCGGAACGUACAGCGGCAACUCGGAAAUAUGUGGGCUGAAAGUGUCGCCUGCGAAAUCGGGCGUGAUAAUAUGCUUGACUGUGCCGGCCUUGAGACACGCGUCCACGAUGGCGGGCUGCAUGUGCGCUGCAUUGGGUGGGAAUGCUUCGACCACUGCAUCCUGGCCUUUGAACAGGUCCACGAGCGCGUCGAUUGAGCUGUAGUCCACCACGGCUGGGAUGAUGGGGUCAGGGAACUUUUUGCCCUCGCUGCGUGACGCUGCUGUCACAAUGUAGCCGGCGUCCGCGAGGGCCGUGGUGAUGGGUUUGCCGACGUUGCCGGUGGCCUAGAUGGGCAGUUAUUUAGUGGUCAGCGCGUCCUAUUCCGACAUUCUCAUCCAUGCAGCAUAUUGUUGAAGUUGUAUACCGCAAGCAGUGUGUCAACAUGUACCUGGGGUUCGUAGAUUGUAGGUAUAUGGCAAUACGUACCCCCAGCACGACCACUUUCUUGAUUGGUCCAGACAUGUUGGUCGCCGUACUUGUCCCACUUACGGUAUAAAACCUUGGGAAUUCCUUGUCUCACCCCAGAAGAAUACGAGAUUCAACGUCACAGGAACCUACAGGUGUGGAAGGAAGUACGGAUACUGUCCCCCCUGAUCAUUGAUGUCGAGGUACCAAGUUGAAGUACUACCGAGUGACAGUCCACCAAGUACUAUUAUGGAAGCGUGCCAGCGUGUUCCUCGACAGACGAUUGGUGCGCCUCAGUUGAUGGAACUUGAAGGCUACGCCUGUCACUUUAACAUAGUUUGGUUCGCUCACUACACUGUUUGACACGUCUGGCUGGAUAAGGUCGCGGGCUUAUCACUCGCUACCUUGAUGACUACUGUUGGACAAAUCGAAGACCGUCCAUGGUCGGGGCGGUGGAAUUGAAUAUAGCGACACCCAACACCUAUGAAUACACCUGCGCCAUAAAUGCAUAAGUAAACUGGUAUGUCCGCGCCUCAGCCUACAGGCCAUUCAAUAAUAUAAUGCAAAGAAGAGGCUAUGAAAAAAUAUUCAAUUGCUUUUGUGUGGUCCCCAAUUUUCAAAGAUGCCAAUAACGGCCUGAAGCAGGGGAAUGUUCCCGCCGGACAAUAUCACCAAAUGCUUUUAAACUCCUUGAUCCCGCGACUGAUCCUGGUAUCAUAAUGGUAUGGUAUAGCAUACAUGUCAAAAAAGAAAGAAAAAAUGAAAAUCCAUCAGCUUCUUUUGCCGCCCUGAAAACGUAUCCAAGAUUCCCACUUAUUCAUUCUCCCCUGUCUCCAAUGACAUCCCUUUUUGGAGGCUGAAAUCGUCGUCGUGAUGGUUUUUCGUUGCAUUUUAUGGCUGACUGAGUCGCUCACUGCUCUGCGCGUUGUUCAACCCCCGACUCGCUCUCUCAUCAAUCUGUUUUGUUCGCCCAUCAAGACACUUUGGUAAAGACUUUCCGCAGCGGACUGAACGUGGCGACGCGAGAUGGUGACCUUGUCCGGGAUCCAGGACAGGAAGUUCGAGCCCGAGUCCGUCAGUGCUUGGGAAUCCUGUCUAUGUUGAUCUCCGUCUCCGUCCUCUUCACAAUCAGCAUUGUCGUCUUCGGCUUCGGCUUCGACUUCGACCUCGACUUCGCCUUCGACUUCGUCCUCGGACUGCUCCUCGGUAUCAUCUUCGUCCGGGACGAAACCUCCUUCAUCAGCAAGCUCUUCUCCAGUGCUGAGGCUGUGGCCGUCACCUUCACCAUCUCCACUGAGGUCGGUGUCGGGACGAUGGAACCACUCAGAAUGGUCGUGAGAUGGAGAUGCACAUUUCUCGCAAUUGCAGACCACCAUGUCCUUGAACAAUGCGGCUUGAUGCGCCCCCUUCUUCUCAAACUCAUGACAGGCGGGUUCGAGGCAUACAGACGUCGAAUAGUAUGAAUCUGCCGGACCUGAAGUUAAGGCCGUGCAUUUUGGACCGA